CAAAAGUGUCAAAAAACUUAUUGCACACUGCUGUCAGUAAUCACAGGUCAAUGAAUGAAGUAACGAUGAAAAUAGACUUGUGGAGACAAGAAACUUUGAAAAACUCAACCACUAACCCUGACCCUCUACAUUUCCUUGCUGCAUUUGAUGAAAAUCAUAAUCAGGCGAAUGCAACAUUAAACAAGUUCCCAGUGUACAGCAAAACGGUAUCAGACGAACACAAAGUGAUGUACUCCGAAGGCUCUACUGCAGAGGACAUGAUCACGUCACGGAACCCUGAACUGACUCUCAGACCCAUGCAGCCAUUCCAAAUCUAUGGACCCCAUUCUGAAUAUGACAAUUUAAACAGUAACACUAACUCGCCAUAUGUUUGUUCUUCCAUGCAAAGUAAUGGGACUUUGUUUCACAUGCCCUGGGAGCAUGGAAUUGCUGCUAAAAUCAUGCACAUCAGUAAACAAAUAGACUCUCCCCACAAUCCUGUUACUUCCCCUCCCCCUUGCCAGGCCCCACCCCCUCUCCCUGCCAUUGAUCCUCAUGACCGAAUCAGGGCGUGGCAAGUGUCUAGUCAGAAAUACGCCCCAUGUGUUCCCGGAAAUGAUGAUUGUGAAAGUGUGGAAAAACGUCUGAGUUUGGCAUCAGAUUUGUCUGCAGAGAACCUCGCAAUAGGUAUUGACCAUGCUCAGAAAAGUCAAUCAGACAAAACUAUUGUGAAUGAGAAAUCCACAUCACAUUCUGAGACUGUUACAGAGAAGAAUAGUGACAGCAUUCCCUUGUUUGCAACGGACUUGCAUGAAAAGAUUGUACCUGCUUUAGCCAAUCCUCGUCUACUCCAUCAGUUGAGUCGCAAUCGGCACCCAGACCGGACUGUGCGUGAAUACAUUAUCGGUUUGUCUAAGAACCGGGACACAACGUUCGGCAGCACUAUUUAUAACUUCAUACAGUGCACGCUGGAGAGUCACGAUACCAACCCUCACAACAUUACCAGAAAUGUGCGUCAGUUCAUGACGGGAAUCAAGAACUACCUAGUGAAGCAUGGAGAGGGAGAGCUGGAGGACCUGAUUGAGAGGGAAAGAAACCAGUUGGGAAAAGAUGAGAUUCUGAACAUUGAUGCCAUCAUAGAGGGGGCCCUUCACGUGUGUGUCAUUCAGCCAUUAAAGCAGCACAUUUACAAUCUAUUUGUCAAUGAAUACACUAGAAAUGGAAGCAUUCGUCUAUUGUUGGCUAACAUAAAGUAUGCAAGAACAAAAACUUCUGAAGAGAUUGGAAUUCAGAAGGGCGUUGCCCCUCCAGAUGGCAGCACCCUUGACCAGGUGAAGCACUACUUCACCAAGAUGCAGAAGUCCUACUCCCCGUUGAAGAAGCUGGAACACCUCCUGUCUGCUACCUCCACCAUCUACAAAUAUGUUGCCCAGCAACCCCACAGCUCUUGCUCCCCACCCGUGUUUGGGGCAGACGACUUCCUUCCCGUGCUGAUCUACGUGCUGAUCCAGUGUGGCAUCGUCUCGGUGGAGAUAGAGGCAGACUACAUGUGGGGCCUGCUCCACCCCUCGCUGCUCAACGGCGAGGGGGGCUACUAUCUCACCUCCCUCUCGUCGGCUGUGCUCGUCCUGAAGAACUUCAAGGAGAUGCAGGAAUCCAAUGCCGCGCAGACCCAGUUAGGCAAACUGCCGAGCAUAAGUGACAUGCAGGGGUUCCUGAAGAUUGCCAUACCAGACGAGCAACGAGACACCAUCAUGUGGCGCACACUUCCAGUACGACCAAGCAUGACCACUCGCGAUGUCUGUUCAUUGAUUGCCCACAAGUUCAAGUUCACCAACCCACAGGACUAUGGGCUCUACACACUGGAUAAUGGAGAAGAACACAAGUUGAUGGACAUGGAGUGCCCACAGAGCCUGAAGGCUAAACGUCUGGCUCACAACAAGGAGUGCAUCUUCGCUUACAAGAGGAACGCAGCGAAUAUCGCAUGGCCUAAAUCAGUGCAGUGAGCCAACAUGUCUGUUGGUUGUACGUCAACAUUACCUUGUGCAGUCGCUGUUAAAGGAUUACGAUUUGCUCCCUUCCAUUGAUGCAGCUUCUGUUGCAGAGGCCUAACCUUUGGCCUCUCAGUUGAGGUGGCAUACGGAUUCUAGGUUCAUUCUUCUGUGUGUCGUCUAGCAAUCACUACAGCUCAUCGUUAAGGUCCUGGAUUCAUUGAAUGUAUGCCAGGUAGAGAGUGAGAUUGGACUGCUGGGAGAACUUGUUGCUCUCAAGAUCUCAAUGUGUUCUACUGCAAAGUUUAGAUUUUGCUGAUGGGUUUGCCUCCCUUUUUCGAACAUUUUCAUCCAGCCACUGUUGCAGUAAAAGAUAGCACUGGACAACUUUUGCAGGGUCAGCUGUGUUGCACUGGGUUAUGAUUCAAUCAGGUACUAUAUUUGUUGUCUGAACAACUGCAGACCUACAAAUGAUGACCCCUUGGAUCCAUGGUAUGUCCUCUACCACUGCUGAAGUGCAUGGUCCGAAUCGGAUGAUCAUUUACUGUGUCAUUCAGUCUUUUGUUAAAAUUACAUUUGUAUACGUGGAAAGUGUGUGUAAAACGUACAUGUCUGUUAAACUUCUAUUUCUCAGACAUUAUUGUUUUACUCUAAUCCCUUAGAUUG